AUGAAGAGAAGGCGGUGUGGGGACAUGCCUUUGAAUGGGGAAAUAUUCGGGCAUAGAAAUUCCAAUCAACAAACCACAUCAAAACGACGAAUAGUGAAGUCGCAACCGCACACAUCAUGGUUCUCAAUACUUUCGCUGCUAUACUUUUCGGUUAAUGUUGGGGCCCACCAAUCAUCGCUGGAUCUAGAAUGCUACGAACUGCUGCAGCAAACGAGACGUGGUCAGGAAUUUGAAUUGGGGACAUCAGAUUACGCAUUCAUUGUGUCAAGGAUGUCAGAUGGAAAAUUGGAACCAUUAUUUGAUCAUUUGCCGGGGAACUUGCACGAGGACUUUCGAAUAAAAGCGAAGCAACCAUGUCGGAAUCACAAGGACUGGGGAUACUGCAUAGACCUACGAUCAAGUCUGAAUGAUAUGCCAACUUUCUGUCGAGAACUACGUUCUGAACUAGAAGCUUCUAAAAUGGAAGCACCGUCGCCAUUAAUAUUGCCAAAUGCGCCAUCAAUACACUUAUCCACCAACAACAAACGACAAUACUCGGACUCGAGAGGAAAUUAUCCUGAUGAAGUAUCACCACCAUCGGCAUCUUUUCAAGUUAUACAUCAAGAGCGACGGUUACAAUCCUUCAUAGACUGCAAAAUAAACAUAUCCAUCGCUGAUGAAGAUCGAAGCAACCGUAUGAAAAAAACUGAAUUUGUCGUCUUUCUCAAUCGAAUGUCAAGUAAUCAAUUUUCUGGAAAUGACUUUACCGAGCUUCCUCAGCGAUUUCAAAGCUACUUUGAAGAUAACAAAGGGACAGGUGGCAUUGACGUAUCGGGGGCACGUCCUGGUCAAACUCCUACGACUGCCGAGAAUGAUUCCCUCACGCAAUUCUGUGACGAGACCAAAAAUCUGAUAGCUGCAAGUGCACCAGUUGGACCGCCGACAGAUGGUGGUGGUGGUGGUGGGCCGACUUCGCCACCAGCUGUAGAUUGUGACGGAACCAUUGCACAGCAACAGUGCUUUAUUGCUCUGGCCAUUUCCGACCGCAAUCGAGAUGAUUUACUACAAGAGGAUGAUUAUAUCCGGUUUGUGAAUCGUUUGUCUAGCAACGAAUAUGUCGAUGCCACCCAGUUGGAACAACUACCAUCGAAUAUACGAUCCAACUUUCGCAAUCUCGAAAACAAUGGUGCCAUCAGCAUAUCAGGGUCAAAACCGGGUCAAUCUGCAUCGACGGAAGAAGAAGACUUCCUUUCUCGGGUUUGCUGUGAGACAGAUUUGGCCGUACAAGAUCCCGGAGCUAUAAGCCCACCAUCUGGUGGUCCCUUUCCGACGACGGCUCCAGUUCAGCAAUGUGUGUCAUCCAUCAGUCGACAACAGUGCAAUAUUUUUCUUUCCAUUGCCGAUCUAAGCAAGGACAAUUUUCUCAAUCAAGUGGAGUACAUCAGAUUUCUUGAUCGCCUUUCGACCGCAGGUGAAUUCAGUGGCGUUUCGUUCGCCAACCUUCCAGCUCCCUUCAUUGCAAACUAUGAAAAGUUCGCAACAGUGGAAAACCAAAUUGAUGUUUUUGGGACCAAACCAGGACAGACAGCGGGUGCCCCACAAAAUGAAUUCGUGGAUCAGUUGUGUUGUGAAACCAACCAACUCGUGGAAGGAGGAGCGCCUCCGCCCACGCCUGUGCCAAUCACUCCCUCUCCAACCAUAGACCAAUCUCAAGAACCCAGCAAUGUAUCAAGCACAGCACCUUCCAUGGGAACCUUCGACUGCCUCCAAAACCUCCAACAGGCUGACUUGUUCAAAGAUAGCUUCUUGAGUACCACCGAGUAUGUCACUUUUGUGAAUCAGAUAAGUGGAAGUGCUUUUGAAGGCAUAGAAUUUGCAGAGCUUCCUUGUCAGCUGGUUUCCGCCUUUGAUAGGUUGUCAAACAAUGGUGGCAGGAUUCCAAUCACAGGCGCGACAUCCGAUACAGCGACUGAAGAGCAAGUUCAGCAAGCCUUGAAUCUCUGUGCAGAAGUGUCGCAGGCCAUUGCGGGUCAAGGCGCAGAUGAAUGCAGUGAACCGCCAUCCAUGGCCCCAGAUCUGACAGAAGCACCGACAACUUCUCCUCCGACAGCUGGGCCAAUUGACGGCGAAAUUGAAAUUUUCAAUGCAUUCGUCAUACUCAAUACACGUGGCAUUCUUGCCGAGCGUCUUGGGACAGGCACUGCCAAUAGGAAUGGUUUGGACGCUGCAUACGAUUUGUUUGUGACAGAAUCUGUAGGAAGAGCGAUAGCUAGUGGUGCCGAGCUGACUUCAUCGUUAAGGGGUCGAAGAAGAUUGGAUGUUGCCUUGCAGGCCGAAAGCGCUUCAAUUUAUAACAUUGUUGAUUCAGAGUGCCCAGUCACUGUCACUGAGGAGGAUGCCACUUGUCAAGUUGGCUAUGGAAGGUUCCGCGUAGAUGUCACGAAUGAAUAUGCCAUUCAAAUUGUCGAGCAGUAUACCAAUUUCACACAAAAUGAUAUCCUAAAUGGACUCCUACAGUCAUCUUUGGUUGCGGUAGAUCCGAACUCUGUUUUGCAAAUUGUGGAUGCGUUUUUUCCCGUGAGGGAUCCAAAUGAACCAACAAAUCCACCGGCCACCAAUUCCCCACAAAGUCCUUUAGGACCAGCUGACGACCAAUCUUCGAAUACCGGUGCAAUCGUGGGGGGAGUUCUAGGGGGUCUGUUACUCUGUGUCCUUUGCGUUGGUAUUGGCACGUAUACGAGUACAAAGAAGGGGGGAGACAAAGCACCGAAACUUACAACUACUGGAGGUGAUGAUGACAAUUCGGUUAUUGGUGGGGAUGAUGGAAACAUUGUUCGACCACUUAGCUCACGAGAAAACGUUGGAAACAUCUUUGACAAUAUCAAAAACCGAUUUGGUGGGAACAACAAUAUUGAGGAUGCUGAUGCUGAAGACAUCCUUGAGAAAGAUGAAGACGAUGACUCUGAUCAAGAGGACAAUGAAUUCGGUGCUUAUGGAGCAGAUUUCAAGAUCGCAGCUGAAGAGGCAGAGGUAAAGGCUAAAGAAAAAGAGAAGAAGAACGUGUUUGGAUUUGGAAAGAAGGAUAAGAAGGGGAAAGAACCGGGCGCGUUUGGAUUACAAACUGUUUACGAUAGUGACAGUAGCUCGAACAGAGAAAACGACUUUGGGAAAUACGGUUUCGAAGAUCCUGAUGCUCUCAUGGACGACGAUGAAGAAGGGGAGGAUGAAGACGAUGCUGGCUCCAAAGAGAAACUUUUUGAAAGUAACAUGUCGCCUGCAUGGGGAACUUCGGAGACUGGAUUUGGUGCUGGUUGGGGUGCAGGUGGAUCAAAUGAUAUUGUAAACGAUUUCUUUGGGAAAUCCUUUGGAGGUGUUGACAUCAUGGCCGAUGGUGCUGGAGGAAAAGCAGCGAAAGCAUCACCAGUAGAAGUACCUGAGGAAGGAGGCGACGAAAACGGAGACGAAGAAGAUUCACAGGCUGAGUCUUCCUUCGAAUCUUCCGAGGAUAGCACCUAUGAAUCGAGUAAGAAUACAGAGGGAUUCCCGUCUGGUACUUUCGGUGAUGGCCAAAACGAACCUGACAAUUCAAGCAGUGCUGAUCAUGAUCCAGACAAUUCCAGUAGUGCCGACUCACCAGAGGAAGGAGCAGACGAAGACGGAGACGGCUGGGCGACCAAGCCCGAAAAGUUGCCCGAAGGCAAAGGGGAGGAUGAAGGCGAUCUUUCCGAUGACGACGACGACGACGAAACCUUUGAUCAAUCGCAGCUUUCUGGUUCGGUGAUGAGCGCUAGCUCCCGAACUAGCACGACAGGUGAACGUCAACGACGGAUAGAAUAUCAAGCACAAGUAGAUGCCUUGGUUCGUAUUGUACUACCAGAUCAAACGGAAAAGGUUCAGGAAAUGAUGGAUCAAUUUCAUGGUCGGGAGCCAGAACUAAUCUCGACUCUACAAAAUAUGCAGGAACGAAGUGCUACCCAAAGAGCUAGACAGGCAGUCCAUCGAAGCAAAAAACGACCGGAUAGAAUAGAAACUCGGGCAGGUGGUAGCUAUGCAGGAAACGAAAAUUUGAUGGGAGCCAGCGAAGGCUCUGCCGCUGGAACUGCCGCAAUUGCCGCCGCCAGUCUUCCCAUUCCAGCUGGCGGGUUUGACGAAGCCAUACCCGAGGACCAUCCUGGCGGCUUUGGAGCACAAGAUGCAUUUGGAGGCUAUCCAAAUGAAGAAGACGAAAACAGCUUGUAUUCCGGUGACCACAGCAGAGAUUCGUACGACGAUGCGCCUACUUUUGCCGAUGAUAAUGAUGGCCAAGGUUACGAUGACCAAGAUCGAAGCUAUGAUGAUCAAGAUCGGAGUUAUGAUAGUCAAGAUAGGAGUUAUGAUAGUCAAGAUAGGAGUUACGAUGAUCGAGACCGAAGCUAUGGCGACGAUCCAGGCCAAGAUGGCGAUGAAGAUAGCCGAGGUAGCUUCUACUCGGGGGACGACAUGGGUGAUGCUUUUGGAAGUCAAGAUCCAAACGCAUUUGGCAGUCAAGAUGCGAAUGCCUUUGGCAGUCAAGAUGCAGAUACAUUUGGUAGCCAAGGUGCAUCUGCAUUUGGUAGCCAAGGUGCAUCUGCAUUUGGAAGCCAAGAUGUAGACGCAUUUGGCAACCAAAGUGCAGAUGUAUUUGGUAGCCAAGAUGCAUCUGCAUUUGAUUCAAACGCUUUUGGUAGUCAAGGUCAAAAUGCUUUUGAUCCGAACGACGCGUUUGGUAGUCAAGAUCAAAAUGCUUUUGGUAGCGACGCUUUUGGAAGCAAUGCGUUUGGGGACCGCGAUCAAGAUUUUGGUGACGAAGAAGGAUAUUCGCAAGGAAGUCAUUCUCAAGGUAGCUAUUCUCAAGACCAAGAUGAUCGUCGUCGACCUAGCGACCAAGGUUUUGGAAAUGAAGAAGGAUACUCUCAAGGGAGUUAUUCUCAAGGGAGUUAUUCUCAAGACCCAGGGGACUUUGCCCAAGAUGGACGUCGAAAACGUGACGAACAAGGUUUUGACGAUGAUGAAGGGUACUCACAAGGAAGCUAUUCGCAAGGUCCAGAUAGUUUUGCCCAAGAUAGUCCUCGCCGACCUGACGACCAAGGUUAUGGAGACGAAGAAGGGUACUCUCAAGGGAGCUAUUCGCAAGGAAGCUAUUCUCAAGACCCAGGUGGUUUGGAACAAGAUGAUCGUCGCCAACCUAUUGACCAAGGUUUUGGAGAUGAAGAAGGAUACUCUCAAGGGAGCUAUUCGCAAGGUAGCUAUUCGCAAGGUCCAGAUAGUUUUGCCCAAGAUAGUCCUCGCCGACCUGACGACCAAGGUUAUGGAGACGAAGAAGGGUACUCGCAAGGGAGCUAUUCUCAAGAUGAGGGGCAAGGCUCUUACGACGACAGAUAUGAUGGCGAAGGCCAAGACUAUGGUGACGAUGACGGCGGAAGUCAAAGUUAUUACAGUGGGGAAGAUGAAGGCAGUUUUGGUGGUGAAGAACCUCCGGAUUCCUUUGGGGCACCUCCGGAUUCAUUCGGUGGUGGGGGGAAUAAGCCAGAUUCAUUUGGUGCACCUCCGGAUUCAUUCGGUGGUGGGGGGAAUAAGCCAGAUUCAUUUGGUGCUGGGGGUUGGCCAGAUGAGUAG